AUGAUACGCUCCCAUGAAAAGGCUCUUAUUUCUUCUGGAAUAACAAUAUUAAACUAUCAUCGUUGGUUUGUUGAUGAUGCAAGAAAACACUACAAGCGCCGUUCAUCUGAUCCUCAAACUGUAAGAGAAAUUGGUAACUUUCAGAGAGAUCUUAAGUUUGGAAAGCAACGACCUCUUCCAGACGUUCCAUGGUUACAGGAUAAACAACGAACUUACAUGGAUGAUGCGGAACGAUUGUAUGGACGAAAAGAAACAUGGUGUAAUAUUGAAGAUGAAACAGUACGUGAGAAGUUAGCAUCUUUACUACAAGAUUAUUUAAAAGAUUUGAUUGAGGCUGCAAAACUUGAAGUUCGUAAUGCGCGAAAAUACAAGAGAUUGUGUGAUCGAAUGGAUGCUGAGUAUCGUGCUAAUGUAUCAGCAGGAGCUUUUUCUUCUUCACAGCUUUUGCGUUCAUGGGUGUUAGUCAAAUCUGAAAAGGAUGGAGAGAGAAAUAAACCACAGUUAUCAUUAAAUUCUAGUCAAGAAGUUUUUUCAUCUAAGGAUGGUUUUACAGAAGAUUCCUUAAUAGAUAAUAAUAAUAACGAUGAAAACGAAAAACAAGAGAGUAGAAGUGAACGUAUUGCUCGGGAAAAGUUUGUAGAAGCACGUCGUAGAAAAGGAGAGGAAGCGAACCUUGAAAAUACCCCUGCUACAAUGGAUUUAUUAAAAGGGGAGAGACAACAUACAUCUUACUCUGCGUUUCCGUUUCUACGUCAAAGGGCAUUGGAGAAUGAAACCUCUCUGGAUCCCUCUUUGGUGGAUUGGACCGCCAAAUACUUCCCUGAAGAUGAUGAUCGUACGUUUAAAUCUCCUCCAAAACUACGGAACGAUAAUAAUCAUAAUAAUAAUAAUAAUAAUAAUAAUAAUAAUGGAAACCAAGAUAAUACAGAGAAUGAAGGAUCUAUAGCUAGUAAUUCUUCUUUAUCCACGAGUAAGUCAGAAAAACACUCUGAGUUUCCUUCUAAUAAACUAAAUGCACGUCGCCGACUGCAACGGUCAUUAAGAGUUCAUGAAGAUGGACGUCGUCCUACAUUUGAUGCAGAAGGCGUCUUUUAUCGUGUUCGCCGUCAAAGCAACGAAGAUGACCGUGCACCAAAACCACGCGCAGUUCGUGCUUCUGAUGCAACUGUUGAUAGGGAUAAAGAAGUUGUGAAAGUCCCUUGGGAUACACUAGCAAAGGCUAAAGAGUUAGGUUAUUCAGCAGAUAUCCUGCGUGCUAAAGAACGACUCAUUCGUCUUUCAAGAGGUGAAGAUCCACAGACUAUUCCUUGA